ACCAUGGCUCGCUGGGAGAUCCUGUGCUUUGCCUUGUGCUCCUACCUGGGGGUAGCAUGGGCUGCAACCCUGGGUGUGGUGCACACCGAAGGCGGUUUUGUGGAAGGUGAGAGUAAAAAGCUGGGACUCUUUGGGGGCUAUGUCGACAUCUUCCGAGGGAUCCCCUUUGCUGCCCGCCCAAGGACUCUGCAAGACCCUGAACCUCAUCCAGGCUGGGAUGGAACACUGGAGGCAAAAAAAUUCAAAAAUCGCUGCAUGGAGAUGACGCUUACACAAACUGAUGUCCGCGGAAAUGAGGACUGUCUCUAUCUGAACAUCUGGAUCCCUCAAGGGAGGAAACAUGUCUCCACCAACCUCCCAGUGAUGAUCUGGAUCUUCGGCGGUGCCUUCCUUGUAGGAGGGAGUCAGGGAGCCAACUUCCUCAAUAACUACCUCUACGAUGGCGAGGAGAUCGCUGUGCGGGGCAAUGUGAUCGUGGUGACCAUCAACUAUCGCCUUGGGCCCCUGGGCUUCCUGAGCACCGGAGACGCUAACAUGCCAGGGAACUACGGGCUGAAGGACCAGCACAUGGCCAUUGCCUGGGUGAAGAGGAAUAUCAAGGCCUUUGGGGGUGACCCAGAAAACAUCACCAUCUUUGGGGAAUCAGCCGGUGCCGUCAGUGUCUCCCUGCAGAUGUUGAGCCCAAAGAACAGGGGCCUGUUCAAGAGAGCCAUCAGCCAGAGCGGCGUCGCUCUCUGCAGCUGGGCCAUCCAGAAGGACCCGCUCGCCUGGGCUAAAAAGGUUGGACGAAAUGUGGGCUGCCCCACAGAUGACACCACCGCCUUGGCCAACUGCCUGCGGGUCUCCGACCCCAAAGCUGUGACGCUGGCCUACCACCUGGAGCUGAUCAACCUGCCCGUUCCCCUGGUUCACACGCUCGCCCUCACUCCUGUUGUUGAUGGAGACUUCCUCCCAGACAUGCCAGAGAACCUCUUUGCCAACGCUGCUGACAUUGACUACAUCGCUGGGGUCAAUAACAUGGAUGGACACUUCUUUGCUGGCAUUGAUAUGCCUGCUAUCAACCGCCCACUUAUGAAAAUCACUGCGGCGGAGGUUUAUAAUUUGAUCAGAGGACUUACUUUGGACCGGGGCGAGCGUGGAGCCAAUGACACAUACAAUCUCUACACGCAACCGUGGGGUGACAGACCAGACCAGGAGGUCAUGAAGAAGACAGUGGUGGACGUGGCUACUGAUUACAUCUUCCUAAUUCCCACACAGUGGACAUUGAAUCUGCACCUGCAGAAUGCCCGGUGA